UUCACUUCGAUUGGGUCAGUCGUUGAACAUGGAGGCAGCCAUUAUCAUCAUACUCCUGCUGGCCCUAGGGACUCUGGCGGAGCAGCCGCUUGCCUUAAACACCUUGUGUCACUACCUGGAUUUGGGCAAGGAAACUGCUACCAAUUUGGGUAAUACCAAAAAGUGUUUUGCCCAAUAUCUGCCAGAGUUGGAGAGUCAAGGGGCCACCUGGUCUCAGGGCUACAGUGGCUGCCAAAAGAAGGCCUCUAGUGAGCAGCAAUCGGUGCUUUUAAAGGCCAGUUUGGCUCAGGAAAAUAUACGAGAAGCUGUCUUGGAGAUUACCAACUUUAUCGAUGAGUGCUUGACUUUAACAGAGACCCAGGAAUUUUUCAAUUGCUUUGCUAAAAUGGCCAAAUUACAGCUAACAAAUGUCUAUAAUAUAUCCUAUAAUGCCUCCGAGCAGGCUUUGAUUCUGAAUAAACAUAUGGGCAGCAUUGAAAUGGAGCAUUAUAUAUGCACAAAUCGAACGGAGGAUACUUAUAUAAAAGGCACUGAUAAGAUCUUCCAGUCACUAGAUCAAUGUCUUCAGCAAAAUGAGUCGCAUUAAAGUAAAUAUAUAUAUAUAUAUAUUUCCAAACAAAUACUUGUAUAAUCCUUGAUAAUUUAUGAUUUAAGUAAGUGUCAAUGAAAGUAUAAUUAGUUAGAUUACAUUUAUUGAGAGACAAUUAAAGUUCUUACAACUAUAAAGGAGCCUAAUCUAAA